GAGGGAGUGGGGUGGGGAGCGGGGACCGAGGGGCCGGGCUGCGCGGAGCCUGCCCGCGCUUAGCCUGCACGCGGGGUCUGAGCGGCGUGGGAUCUCGCUGGUACCCCACGCUUAAGUGGGAUACUCAGCUGUGGCCCUGGACUCGUGUCAGCCUUGCCUAAAGCGUGAAGUUAGAUGGGUGCCCUUUAAGCCGGGGGCAGGCAGCCUAGGCCGGGGACCUCUGGGAGAGGAUGGUGACCCCCUGGCGCUUCUCCGUCAGGGUCUGCUUGUCGCACCUAAGGGGUUUUGAGCUCAGAAGAGAACUCGGCCUUUUGAGAUCAUCUGGAUGCUCUCGUAAUGUCAGACUCUGUUGGCUUCUGCUUGGUACUUUACCCAAACUUGUCUCAGCCUAUGGGGACACUGGUGAGGGGGCUCCUGAGAGUGUGUGCCCGCGAAGAGCCGGCUGGAGUGACCUAGCUGAAAAUGGGCCUCUGGAGAGAGUCUCCCAAGAGGGGCGGCUAGGAUGCCUCUUUCUGCACCUCCGUAUCUGGCUCCGGGCUGGGGCUCUCUUGAUGAAAUUCUUCCCCCUCCUUCUCUUCUACCCCCUCACCUACCUGGCUCCCAGCGUCUCCAGCCUCUGGCUCUACCUGCUUCUGAAAGCCACGGAGACCUCAGGCCCAACAUACAUCAAACUGGGCCAGUGGGCCAGCACCCGGCGCGAUCUCUUCUCAGAGGCUUUCUGCGCCCAGUUCUCCAAGCUGCAUGUCCGGGUGACCCCCCACCCUUGGGCUCACACUGAACACUUCCUGCGCCAGGCAUUUGGGGAAGACUGGGGGAGGGUCCUCUGCUUUGAGAAGAAGGAACCUGUGGGUUCAGGCUGUGUGGCCCAAGUGUACAAAGCGCGUGCCAAUCCCACCUUCCUGGAGCAUGACAGCGUCCAGAGACUUGCUAAGGCCUCCCGCCUGCAGCUUUCUUCAGAAGCUGGGCCAGUCGGGAGGCUGGGAGAGCUCUCUGGCCCCCCGGGGAAGGGGUGGGGGUUUCAAGGAAGUCUUGCUGACCAGUCAUUUCUAGAAAGGCUGCUUCUCCCUAAAGCUGACCCGAUUGGACCAAAUGCAGUCGUGUCUCAGUCUUCAGCACCUGUCCACCAACCUGAGCCAGAUCAUCUCAUCCCCGUGGCAGUGAAAGUGCUGCACCCUGGCUUGCUGUCUCAGGUGCAGAUGGACUUGCUGCUGAUGAAGAUGGGCAGCCGAGUCCUUGCACUUUUGCCGGGAAUCAAGUGGCUUAGCUUGCCUGAGAUCGUGGAGGAAUUUGAGAAGCUCAUGGUCCAUCAGAUUGACCUGCGUUACGAAGCUCGGAAUCUAGAACACUUCCAGUGCAACUUCCUGAAUGUGAAUUCUGUCAAAUUCCCCACCCCUCUGCGUCCCUUUGUCACCAGGGAUGUCUUGGUGGAGACGUACGAGGAGAGCGUGCCGGUGUCCAGCUACCAGCAGGCGGGGAUUCCCACUGACUUGAAGAAGAAGAUUGCACGGCUGGGGAUCAACAUGCUCCUGAAGAUGAUAUUCGUGGACAACUUCGUCCAUGCGGACCUCCACCCCGGGAACAUCCUGGUGCAGGGUGCCGACGGUCUUCCCGGGAGUCCAGAGGCACAGCCGCAGCGGGUGGAGGUGCGCGACGCGCUGGUGGGGGCCGCGCCGCCCGCCCGCCGCGCGCUGCGCCUGGUGCUGCUGGACGCCGGCAUCGUGGCGGAGCUGCGGGCCGCCGACCUGAGCAACUUCCGGGCCGUGUUCACGGCUGUGGCGAUGGGGCAGGGCCAGAGAGUGGCUGAGCUCAUCCUGCAUCACGCCCGGGCCAGCGAGUGCAGGGACGUGGAGGGGUUCAAGGCUGAGAUGGCCACACUGGUGACCCAGGCCAGGAAGGACACCAUCACCCUGGAAAAGUUUUAUCCUGUUUUCCAGCUUCAAGUUUCCAGCCUCCUGUCGAAUGUCUUUAAGUUACUGAUGACUCACAAGGUAAAACUAGAGAGCAACUUUGCCUCCAUCGUGUUCGCCAUCAUGGUGUUGGAGGGGCUUGGCCGCUCACUGGACCCCAAACUGGACAUCCUGGAGGCAGCAAAGCCCUUCCUUCUGAAAGGACCAGCGUCCUCCUGCUGACUGCAGCAGUGGGCAUGCAGUGGGCCUUCGUCUGAGACCCGAAGGCCACUCCCAACCGCCUCUCCUGUGGCAGCUUGAACAUUUUAAAAUUGGGAUGCAUGGAAGGCAUACCAAUAUUUUUCAUUCUGACUUGGUUUCAGGGGUCUGUUUUAAAAGCUUUGGGUUAUUUGGGGAAAUGAAAGGAGGGAAGAGCCCUAGCCAUUCAGUCGUGGAAGCUGGGCCUGGUGUCUUGGAGACUAUUUCAGGGAAAAUGUUCUGUGGAGGAGGACAAAUAAACUUAGUUAUUUUGUUU